CUCUGACGUCACUGUGUGGGUGUCGGGUGAGAGGAGGCGCUCGCGCACAAGCCAGUGCAGUUGUGUGGCGCUGAUCUCACUUCUCUCUCCGCUGAUGGAGUGAAAAACAGCCCUCACAGCCGCCUCUCUCACCGUCUCCUCAAAACACACUCCCGGAACCGAGACAUGACUCCGUCCCCGUGGCAUUAAACUGCUCAGAGGAACUACAUGCGAUACCUGCCACAUGUCGUGUACGGGUCUGAAACGAACGCUGGAGCCGGAGGAUAAGGACGAGCCUGAUACCCAGCCCAAGAUGGCAGCCGUAUGGGCAGAGUCUUCCACAGCGUACUCGUGGCAGAGGCAGAUGGUCCUGCAGCUCUCGCUUCAGAAACUGUGCCACGUUCCCUCUCUGGGCCGCCGUGUCCUCAUUACUAACACACUCCGGCUCAUUCAGGAGGAGAUCAGCCACCAGGAGGCGCCGCGCCCGAGCCCCCCAGCCGAGGACAGCCAGAUAUUUUUUAAACAGCAACAAGCACUUGAUGUCAGUUUAACCCCGGCGUGGGUUCUAGAGCAGGACGGUGAGCCGGAUUUCUCUCCAGACUCUUUCAUUUCACCAAAGGAUGGGUUCGCCUCUUCCUCAUCCUCUCUCUUGGAACUGGACGCAAACAGAAUCGAAAAAGAAACUCCAACGCAGACCAUCUGCCUUGAGUCUCACUUGGACUUCGCCCAGCCCACCUUAAGCCACACCCCCUCACCAAUAAACCCCUCCUUCCCCUCGUCAUGCCCGAUGUUCCUCCCAGACCCCUCGCUGGAUGAUUUCCUCCUCUCAGACCUUGACAACUACCUGUGCGACUUGAAACCCUGCACCUUGAACCUGAGUCCCAGCCUGGGCUCGCAGUCAAAGGUCGUCUCCAUGGUGACGGACGACCUCAUGAGGAGCUUGACGAACCAGCCGUUCAAAACGGACCUGAACGAACUGGAGCACAUUAUGGAAGUGCUGGUCGGAUCAUGAGGCCAAAAAUAAAAAAAUAAGAAUUGUCUACUAAAUAUGUCAUUAAAUUGCAAUUCUUUUAAAAAGAAUUGUUCAAAGUAAGUCAGGGAGUCUGGGGUUAGCUUAUAUUAAAUGUCUUUAAAAGCGUAAGGUGAAUUGUGUUACUGCAGUGUUGUGAAUUUCGGGCUGUAGCCCGACCCAGUGGCCCUGGAAACGAUUGUAUAUUUAUUUGCGCAACAUGCAUGUAUUUAUUAUAUUGCAGUCAAUACAGGGGAUGUAAUAUAUGUGAGAUUUUCCAGCUCUAUUUUUGUUUUAAUAGAUUUUACACUUUUAUAGAUAUGAAGGUACACUAUUUUGCUACUGAAAUGAUUUUGAAAUAAAGGUGAUGGUUUUGUAGA